AUGUUCCCGACACCACCGCCGAACCAAAAAAAAAAGCCCAUCCUAACAUCCAUCCCUCGAGACCGCCACCGAACCCAGAUCCUCCCGACAUGGCAGCCGCUGCCGACCCCUACGCUGAAGGGCGAGGGCGACUACCAAGUCGUCCGCGAAGCAGCACCCAGCGCUGCCUCAUCCCAAGCUGCCAGUCUCGGCCGCCUGGAUAGACCGGGGCUGGGCGAGCCCACAACUCCAACAUGCCUGAGCAGGGCAAUGUCGCGGGGGCAGGCACCAGGCACAGCGCGCCCGGAGCCUACACUACCGGGGCCCCCCUACCGUCAGCUUGCAGCGCUGACGGUCCCCUGCUCCAGGGUUGGGCAGGCCAGGCUCCAUCAGCCCGGCGCACGCUCGGGCGACCAUCAGCCUUUGGCACGCUCGGCGGCUGCGCCAUGGGACGGUGGAGUUGUCCUGGGGCCGGGCAGGCUUCACAAGGGCCAACUCCGGACCGGCUGCCCUUCUGCCACGCUCACCAGCUCUGGAACUGGAUCCCGUGGUGUCCGGGUCGGCUACGGGGCUGCGGCACCAGCAGCCAAGUUGGGCCAGCAUGGGAUGCCGGGUCAACUGGGCCGGCCGCGCCUUGAUGGCGCCGGCAGCAACCCACAGCCCAGAAUGCCUGCGAUUGCUGCCGGGCCCAUCCCCGGGAGUGGCCCCGAUCGCUGGGCCUCAGCGAACCGGCACCACCGCCGCCGCAUCCAUCGGCGCCGGCACCCGGAGACUCCGCGGCCAGCAACCAUCCACGCCCAAGAAGAGGCAGCAUAG